UGAAAGUGGAGCGGAGGAAAGGAGAAGAAAUUUCCACAGUAUGCUGUUCCCGUCUUCUCAGACCUUCCGUUGGGCUGUGGAGAGAGAUCAGAGGGAGGGAAGCUGCAGAGAAUGACAGCCCGAGCAGGAGGAUGUAGCUCACCUGCGGAGCGGACCUGUGUUUCUGUAGUGUAAACAGAACGGAACCGAGUUCCCGAUUUAAUGCACAGGCACUUCCUCACCAGUGAUGAGUUGGCUCCUGUUGUGGAUUCUGACAGCAGCUGGGAUUCAACAGGCCUACACCUUGAAUUCCUCUGCCAUGCCGCCAGCCACGGCCCUCACUUUCCCAACAGCGGACCCGUACAACCUAACGCGGUACUGCAAGUGGCCCUGCGAGUGUCCCGAGGUGGCUCCCAAGUGCCCAGCAGGUGUGAGCCUCCUCAUGGACGGCUGCGACUGCUGCAAGGCCUGUGCCAGGCAGGUUGGGGAGGAGUGCAACGAGGCCGACACCUGCGACUACCACAAGGGGCUGUAUUGUGACUACAGCUCGGACAAGCCUAGGUACGAAAAAGGACUGUGUGCAUACAUGACGGGAACGGGCUGCGUGUACGACGGUGUGAUCUACCGUAAUGGCCAGAGCUUCAAGCCCAGCUGCAAAUACCAGUGUGUGUGCGUGAACGGCGCCAUCGGCUGUGUGUCCCAGUGCACGGAGUCCCAGCCUCCCAGGGUUUGGUGCCAGAGCUCACGGAGAGUCAAAGUGCGGGGGCAGUGUUGUGAGCAGUGGAUCUGCGACGAGCCAAGGAGAGGGCGCAAGGCAGCGCCGCGGCACGCAGUGGACGUUUUCCCAACUGAGAGCGGGAACUGGCACAAGAACUGCAUCGCCCAGACCACUUCAUGGAGCCCCUGCUCCAAGACCUGCGGGCGUGGCCUGUCGUUGAGGAUCUCCAACGCCAACGAUCAGUGUGAGCUCGUCCAAGAGUCCCGUCUCUGCAAUCUGAGGCCAUGUGAGGCAGACAUCACCAAACAUAUCAAGCCAGGAAAGAAGUGUCUGAAUAUCUACAGGGAGGAUCAGCCCUCAAACCUCACCAUCUCUGGCUGCACCAGCAAGAAACGGUACCGGCCCAAAUACUGCGGCGUUUGCACCGACGAGCGCUGCUGCAUCCCGUACAAGUCGAAGACAGUCGAAGUGGAGUUUCAGUGUCCGGACAUGACCGGCUUCACCUGGAAGAUGAUGUGGGUCCAGGCGUGCUUCUGCAACCUCAGCUGCAGAAAUCCCAACGACAUCUUUGCAGAGCUUGAGAGCUACUAUGGUUACCCAGAGGUCCUGAACUAAAGCUCAGCAUCAUGGCAAACUAGGCCUAUGCCUGUUUUAAAUUUUUUUAAAAGAGAUAUUUUCCGUUUUUAAUGUGCGCUCUAUAUUUUUACUA